AUGGAACGACACCUCUUAGCCAAACAGAGCAUGGCAGGCAAGGACUCUGAAGUCUUCACCAAAUCCAAGGCCAAGGGUUCUGUGAACUUCCGACCAUUCGAAGACCUCGACGAGAUCUUCCUCCGAGAAGUGAGGAAGUUCCAAGUCUACCCGUUCGGCAAGAUCCAGGACUUCUGCCGUCAUAUUCCAUACAACAGCGGCAAGAAGGACUUCUAUGAGAAGACUGGUCGCGAGAGCUUCGAAGUGUUCCAAUACGUCUUCAAGGUUCCUGAAGAUGACGCCGAAUAUACUGUAAUGUGGGACUACAAUGUUGGCCUCGUUCGAAUGACUCCUUUCUUCAAAUGCUGCAAAUACUCGAAGACAAUGCCAGCGAAGAUGCUUAACAUGAACCAGGGUCUCCGAGACAUCACUCAUAGCAUCACUGGAGGCUCAAUCAUGGCCCAGGGUAAGCACAACCUGGUUAGCAACACCCCAAACUUAUCAGGCUAA